UUACCCCCCCACCAACUCACCGAUCAAGGUAUCGAUAACGGCACACAAAAGCGUCAGUAUCGAAUCAAAUCCAAUCGAGCUGAUACAAAAAUAUUCGAACACAACAGAUUGCAACCUCGUGGCACCACUUGCUGACCCCAAGAAAAAGUUUCCUUUCCUGGUCCGGUCAGUAAGCAGCGCUGGGGAGAAAGAAACAUGGUCCUGCUGUCGGAAAUCUACUGCCCGGAGCAGAUUGUGAUACCGGAAAACUUUAACAACGUGCUCAAAGUUUAUGCCAAAGCUGUCAUCCGUACACAGCCGUUUGAUUUAUUGCGCUGGUCGGCGGCUUACUUCCGGUGCUUGGACCUGGAGAAGGCGCCACCGGUGAAGCCACGUUACGAACCGGAGCCAUCGAGAGGGCGACUGUCGACCGGGGCCCUGAGGGUGCUAAUCGAUCAGCUCGGCAAGGGCUACUUCGUGCAGAAACGGAUCCUCCAGGACAAGUGGCAAGGACUGUGCCUACCGGAAGACGAUCUAUUGAACAUCCUGUCACUGCUGCGGAUGUUGGACUGGUCCCACUUGCACUGGCUCAAGAUUGUGGCCGUCUUCAUCGGGCUGUUGAGUGACAGUUUGCCUCGGACGGCCGAAAUGAUCUGCGAGCUGCUGACGGAGGAACCGGAAGGUGGCCCAGCACCGAUCCCGCUGUGGAUGUUCAAGGAAUGCUUCCUGGCGGUGGCUCGGCUCGAUUGCGGUUCGGUGCAAACGUUCGUCGAUGGGAGAAAAGUUUUAGAUGGCGGUCAACUGGAACCGGUUCGCCCGAUGACGGAGCUGCCCAAAGUUUUAUCAACAAUUUCGUUUAAAAACGCCAUCAUCGACAAGUACAAGAACAUCAUGGGUUUAGAUGUGCCAUCCAGCACCACUUUUACCGAUGGUGAACUACUCUUCACCGAAGAUCGGUUUUCGGAAAAAUCGGAUGUCCCCUCCCACUUGGAUUCGGACUUCAAAUUCGUUGGGGACGAAACUGACCCUUACGAAGUGGUUCGUCGGGCUCCAGACUUCGACAGCGUCAUUGUACUCUUGGGUGAACUUCAUGAUGACAAACUCAAGCAGCAAUUGAGCUCGGUAAGCAUCUCGGAGGAAAAAUUGGAGCGAGCAAAAGAACGAACUCAACGAUUGGAAGAUCUGAAGGAAAGUCUUCCGGAGUAUGACUUUGAGAAGCUCAUGGAAGCUGAACGCUUGCAGCUACUGAAAGACAUGGGACCUCCGUGGCUUCUGCUUUAUCUGUUCUCGAAAACUACCAGCCGCGAUCGGUCGUUCAACUACAUCGAGGAAACCUCACUAGAGGAUGAAGAAUCCAUUGCGGGUUAUUCAAACGAUAGCUAUGAGCUACGUGGCGCUCAUAAACUGGACCGCAGUCCAGAACCGGAAAUGAGUGACGAAGAAGCUGACGCCGAAAUCAAGUCUAGUCUCGGACGGCGUCGUUCAAGUUACUCCAUUCCAGCUUCAGUUCGCUCCCGUAUGAGUUCAGUGUACUCAUCUUCCACUCGCAUUGCGAACGAAGUCUUGUCCCGCAUCAUCUGUAUGGUGGACGAAGCAAUUAUCGACGGGGAGUGUGAACUCUCGGUCAAGUCCAUCACGAGCUUUGUCGAGCAGAAAAGUCGUGAAGACACUAACAUCAGUCCGCAGGACUUCGGAACGCUGCGUGACUUUUUGGUUGAGGCCGAGAAGAAAGAUCUGCAGGUGAAGGAUCUCAACGAAUUGUACCACUUUUUCGUGGGAGAAAGCUUCAAAGCAACAGGAGAGAAUAUCGACGAUCAGAAAAGGAAUCGCAGCCGAGAAAUCACUUCGAUAUUUGAAGCGAGUGGCAUAGAAGUUGACAACACCCUUCUGGAUGCGCAUAUAUCGGAGAACAUGAUUCUGGGGUUGGUUCAUAAGGAUCCGGAAGAUCAUAAAGAACAAGUCCCAUCGAAUCCAACUGUCGAAGUAACCGACGACGAGCCGAAAGAUGAAGAAGCUGACGAGGGAGCUUCAGCCCUUGAACAGGAGUUACACACGCUGGUGGAGGUCGUAGAAGAAGCAGAACCGGAGCAGGAAGCCGAACCAGCUCCGGAUGUCGCAACGCAAACGGACCCACUGAAUGUCAAAUGUAUGGAAAUGAUGCGUCGGCGGUCGUUGACGAGAAGUGCCGACGUUAUGGUGGAGUUCAGUUGUCGGCUGCCGGCGCUGCCAGGGAUAGGACCGCCGCUAGAUGAGGGUACCAUUGAGGCUUUUCUUGCCUAUUUGACCAAGAGAGCUGUCCAUCAGCACGGGAUGAUCUAUCCGAGGAAUUUUCGUGAACCACCUUGUCCGAAACUGGAUUCUGGGGAGGGUGAGGGCAAGUAGAAUUUGACUUUUUGUGUGGUAAUUGUAAUAUUUUUUUUUUCAAUGAAUAAACAUGGAUUUUGA